AUGAGCACCCCUCCCUUCCUCCCCCUCGUCGACCCCACCGCCCACGCCCUCCUCCCCUCCCUCGCCCUCAUUGCCCCCCUCCUCAUCCCUGCCGCCCUCCUCGACGUCGUCCUCCACGACCUGCCUCCUACUGCCACUUACUACGUCCAGGCUGAAAAGUACGAUGGCGAUCUCAUCACCCUGCUCGACAACGGCGCCCAGCGUAUCGUCGUCUCUCCUUCACAGCUCAAAGCCCUGAACGGCGCCAUCCCCAAAGAGAGGCUUAUCGUGAAGCUCUCUGAAGAAGAGCUCGCUUCGAAAAAGUCGCUUGCCGAGCAAGUUGCCGGGCUCUACAUUGUCUCGUCCACCGCGCACACGGCCAAGUCUCUCGGUCUGUCUGUGGACGUCUUCCUCCAGCACCCUUCGCCCAACGUGUCCGAGCUUGAAGAGCUCAUCCGCUCGGCCCGCCCGUCGUCAUACGUCCUCCCCACUGAAAUCCUCGCCAACCACGCUACCACCACCUCCACCCACCUCUCCAUCUCCGCCGCCUUCCUCGCCCCCAUCACCUCUGACAGGCCAGACGGGCUUUUUCCCUCCAUCGUUGCCUCUGCCAACCACUCCACCAAACCCCUCGGGCUCGUCUACUCCUCCAGAGAGAGCGUGGCUGAAGCGAUCCUGACCCAGAAAGGCGUCUAUCAAUCGAGAAAGCACGGCUUGUGGCGUAAAGGCGAGACGAGCGGUGCUGUACAGCAGUUGGUGGGCCUGAAGCUUGAUUGCGAUGCCGAUGCUCUCGUUUUCGAGGUAGUGCAGCACGGCAGCGGGUUCUGCCACUUGCCCCAAACCACCUGUUUCGGCGGGUUGAACGGUGUUGCGAAACUUCAAGAUACGCUCCAGGCUCGUCUCGAGAGUGCGCCCGAGGGGAGUUAUACCAAGAGACUGUUUACGGACGAAAAGCUGUUGAGGAGCAAGAUUAUGGAAGAGGCGGAAGAGCUUUGUGAUGCCGAGAGCAAGGACGAGGUGGCUUUCGAAGCCGCCGACCUGAUCUACUUUGCGCUCACCCGCUGUAUCAGCAAGGGCGUUUCGUUUACCGAUGUCGAGAAGGCGCUGGACAGGAAGAGUCUGAAGGUGACGAGAAGAAAGGGCGAUGCCAAGCCCAAGUGGGAGAAUGCCGGGGAGAAGGUCGUGGAGAACAAGGAGGUCAAGUCGACCGUCCCCGAGCCUUCCAAGCUUCCCGCCUCUGACGAGCCUAUCCGCAUGCGCACCGCCGUCCUCUCCGAGCUGCCCGCCGAGGAACAAAAGAAACUCCUCCUCCGUCCCGUCCUCAACUCGUUGGCCAUGAUCGACAAGGUCAAGCCUAUCGUCGAGCGGGUCAGGAAAGAAGGCGACGCCGGCUUGCACGCCUUGACAGCGCAAUUCGACAAGGCCGACCUUGCCUCCAACGUCCAGCUGCCUCCGUUCGCCACCCCCGGCGAAGACGUGCUCCCUGCCGACGUGCGUGAAGCCAUCGACGUCGCUUACCAAAACGUCAAGACUUUCCACGUUGCGCAGAACGAAAAGGCGCCUCUUGUCGUCGAGACUAUGCCCGGUGUGACGUGCUCGAGGUUUGCCCGCCCCAUCGCCCGAGUGGGUCUUUACGUUCCAGGCGGUACCGCCAUCCUCCCCUCCACCGCCAUCAUGCUCGGUGUCCCCGCCCAAGUCGCAGGCUGCAAGACGAUCGUCAUGGCUACCCCUCCCCGCCCCGACGGCACCAUCUCGCCGGAAGUGCUGUACGCUGCCAAGCUUGUGGGGGUGACUUGUAUCUUGAAGGCGGGCGGAGCGCAGGCUGUGGGUGCGAUGGCGUAUGGGACGGAUGAGGUGCCAAAGGUGGACAAGAUCUUUGGGCCGGGGAACCAGUGGGUGACGGCGGCUAAGAUGUUGGUGCAGAAUGAUACAGAGGCGUUGGUGGCUAUCGACAUGCCCGCCGGACCUUCAGAGGUUUUGGUGAUUGCGGACCACACUGCCAACCCCAUCUUUGUCGCCUCCGACCUCUUGUCCCAAGCCGAGCACGGCGUCGACUCCCAAGUCGUCCUCGUCGGUAUCAACCUCUCCCCCUCCCUCCUCAAAGCUAUCGAAGAACAAAUCGAAACCCAAGCCAACGCCCUUCCCCGAGUCGCCAUCGCCCGCGAAGCCGUCAAAAAGUCAUUGAUCGUCUUGGUCGACAGUCAGGAGAAGGCUAUCGAGUUUAGCAACGAGUAUGCGCCCGAGCACUUAAUUUUGCACUUGGAGGACGCGCCGGGGGCUGUAGAGUUUAUUGAGAAUGCCGGGAGUGUCUUUGUCGGUGCAUUCUCGCCCGAAUCAUGCGGCGACUACGCCUCUGGCACAAACCACACUCUCCCCACAAACGGCUUUGCCCGUCAAUUCUCCGGCGUCAACACGCUGUCAUUCCAAAAGCACAUCACGUCGCAGUUUGUCACUGGGGAUGGGUUGAGGGUGUUGGGGCCUACGGUGGUGAGGUUGGCGGAGAGGGAGGGGUUGGAGGCGCAUGCGAAUGCUGUUAGGGUUAGGUUGGCCGAGUUGAGCAAGUAA